GUUGCCCUCGUGGACUCGCUGCGGAGGCAGUGGCCGUGGUUGAAUGCUGGUGAUGCGACCUGGAUAUUGAUUGUCGCAUCACUCUUUCUCGAACCCGCCCCACGGAGUGAGCCGACGAUCCGGCCUGAAGGAAACCAUGGCAUGCAGCCGGGUCACAGUCUCGCAGAUGGAGAGGGGAACGCGCCACUCUUGGAAGUAGAUAUCUUCGGCUUGAGCCGACCUUGGAUCUUGGCCUGGGGCUCAUCUCCUCUUUCUCUUGCAGUUGUCGUGUAGAACGUACAUUGACGUUAACCACCAUGGCGCUCAAGAGUUUGCUUUCCUCCCUGUUGCUGGCCCCUCUGGCCUUGGCCCAUCCGGGUCACAAGGAGGCGGUCCACGCCCACCGCGCUCUUCCACUCGAGCGGAGGUCUCUUGACCACUGCAGCAAGGAGUUCAACAGCCCCGAGUUCAUUCAGCGAACCGUCGAAAUCAAUGGUGCCGAGAUCAAGAGGUUGAGGCGUGCCUUGGGCUACGAGGUUGACGAGAAGCCCAAGAUCACUCCCCGCGACUACCUUUCCGUCUCGAGAAUCGACCACAAGAGCAACAAGACGGUCACCGAGGGCAUGGACCUUUCCACCCUCUUCUCCAACUAUGGAGCUUGCAUGCUCAUGCCUGUCGUUGACGAGGGACCGUUGUACGUCAAGGGCGAGGAGAUCCGCAAGAACAUCACCAACGGCGAGAGGGGUAUCAAGAUGACGCUUGCCAUCCAAGUUGUGGAUUACAAGACAUGCCAGACCGUCCCCAACGCCUACGUUGACAUCUGGAGCUCCAACGCCACCGGUAUCUAUGUUGGUGUCCAAGGCUACCCCGGCAUGGGCGACCCCAACGAUGCCUCCAUCCUCAAGGGCACAACCCUUCGCGGCGUGCAGCCUACCGACAGCCAUGGUGUGGCUUCCUUUGACACCAUGUUCCCAGGUCACUAUGACGGUCGUGCGACCCAUAUCCACGCCAUCGUCUGGCUCGGAGCCACCAAGCACGCCAACAACACCCUGACUGGCGGUCGUGCUGCCCAUAUUGGUCAAAUCUACUUUGACCAAGGCCUCAUCACGGCCGCUGAGAGGAACGCGCCCUACAACACUAACCGCAUGCCCAUCCAGCAGAACACGCGCGACUUUUUGUUCCAGGCCGGCGCCAACGGUGACGACCCGAUCGUCCGCUACUCCUUCAUUGGCAAGGACGUCUCCGAGGGUCUCUUUGCCUGGAUCCGCUUCGGUAUCAACCAGCAGACCAGCCGCCCGCUCAACCCUGCUGCUUACUGGACUGCGAACGGUGGCGUCAUGAACCCCACUGGUCCCAUCUCCAAGCUUCCCGGCGGUGGUGGCGGCGGCGGUGGCUGGCCCGGUUUCGGUGGCGGUUGGGGUAAGCGCUUCGCUGAGAAGCUUGGUCGCAAGGUCGAGGCUGAGGCUGAGCUCCAAGAGGAUGCCGAGUAAAUUGGUAGGACCAGUCGUGGAUGGCAAUGGGUGACGCGGGG